GGGGUGGGAGGUCGUGAGGUCUCUAAGCAAUGGGCGGGGGUGCUUGAAGGGGACGGGCAUGGCAAAUGCUGCAGCCGCCGGGGCGUUCUUGCUCUCCUCCUCCUGGAGGCAGAACAUCCAAAGCCAGCCCCCGGCCCCCGCCCGCUUCCUUGGUGUGGGGGCGCCGCGAUCCAGCGCGAAGCUCUUCUGCGCAGACCUCGAAUACUUCCUUGCGCAAACUCCCGUUCGUUUCAUUGCGGCUUACACGGGGUAACUUCAGCGAUGGAUCGUCGUACCCUAUGGUGUCGGUCAGAUCAGUCUGUUUCUUAUUCUGCUGGUCUUAAUGGUGAUCUCCUUGUCCGGUGAUAGAGUCAUCCCUGGAGGCAAGAGGACUUUGACUGGCACAUGGUCACGGUAUCUUAGCAAUGCUGAGAGAAGAUAGUUGUAUUUACUGGAAGAAGGAAUGCUUGUCUUCUGUCCAUGAAGAUGAAAAGGCCAAGUUGGUUUGUAAAAGGUACUUUCAAUUAAAAGAGUAUAUUAGCUGUUGGAAACACAAUACUGGAAACUGUUUUUCUUCAUACAAGAAUCUGCAGACAGACAUGUUCUACUAGUUGUGUUUGGCCUCUCCCUUCUUUACACAAUCAAAUUAGCCUUUGAUUCUGAAGAAUGUGACAUGAUGAAAAUUCAUUACGUGAGCUCCGAGCAUGCAAAGAGAGCCCAAAAGUACGCGGAGCAAGUUCUGCAAGCCGACUGUCGUCCAUCUUUUGCGAAGAAGGAGAUGAGCAGGUUAUUUGCGCAGAAGUACAAUAUGAACACAUCUCCUUUUGUAAGAGAGGAUGUAAAUGCACAUAAAGCAGUCUUCAAAUAUGAUCCACCUUUUGGAUUUCACAGUUUUUCUGAAAAACUUCAGGAUUUACUGGAACUCUUACCUGAGCACGAUUUACCAGAAAGCUUGCAGUCAAAGCACUGUAAGCACUGUGUUGUUGUUGGGAGUGGUGGGGUCCUCCGUGGACUGGAGUUGGGCUAUGCCCUAAAUCAGUUUGAUACUAUUAUAAGAUUAAAUGAUGCACCAGUUCAGGAGUAUACAGAUGAUGUUGGUAAUAAAACUACCAUAAGGAUGACUUACCCAGAAGGCGCUCCCUUAUCUGAACACGAAUAUAAUCCAGAUGGCUUGUUUGUUGCAGUUUUAUUUAAAAGUGUUGAUUUUAGUUGGAUUAAAGCAAUGGUGAAAAACGAAAGCCUACCACUUUGGAUGCGACUGUUUUUUUGGAAGCAGGUGGCUGAGAAAAUACCUGUGACACCUAAACAAUUUCGUAUCUUGAACCCACUAAUAAUUAAAGAGACUGCUUUGGAUAUUCUGGAGUACCCCAAGCCUAAGCCAAAGUUCUGGGGAUGGGAUAAGAAUGUACCUACAAUUGGAGUCACUGCAGUUGUCCUGGCUACACAUUUAUGUGACGAAGUGAGUUUAGCUGGGUUUGGAUAUGAUCUUAGUCAACCCAAUACACCAUUGCAUUAUUAUGAUAACCUUUGCAUGGCUGCAAUGAAUGGACAAAAGAUGCACAAUGUGACUACAGAAACAAAAUUUCUUGAAAAGUUGAUAAAAGAGGGAGUGGUGAAAGACCUCAGUGGAGGAAUAUAUUGCAGCUUCUGCAGAAAAACAAGCUAAUGACUGAAACUGAGCCCAAAGACUGAAUUCUGUAUGGUCCUGCAGGCUCCUCCUCUCUGAAUAAGAACUUCUCGGUGUUUUCCAGCCCUCAGGCCCACUUUUGACCUCCUGUGUUUAACUGCUUUGAUUUUUAAUUUUGCAGGCAGUUGAUGAUUCUUUAUGUAUUUGAAAAUAACAUGUUGCUUUCCAUUAGAAUGUUGUAGGUAAUUGAAAUUUCCUUUAUAUGUAUUUAAUAUUUUAAUGCUUGGAAAAGGUCUCAAGAAUGGUUUUGACUUUACAGGUCAACCUUAUACUUAGGUACGUAUUUCCUAAUUGAAUGGAAGAAAAAAUUCAAAGUGGUGUUUUAUUCUAAUGGCACACAGCACUUACACAUCUUGUUUUUUGGUUUGAGGUCCUGGAGGGUUAUUUAACUGGUUCUCAUUUGUGGGUAUGGUAAGCCUUCCUGCGGAUGUUGUUUCCCACUUGUUUUAUUUCCGUUGUGUGUGAUAAUCGUUCAGCAGCAGGGCCAAGCAGUCAUAGGACACUGGGAGCACUCUGUUUUCCAUUGGCAUAAACGGAAUGGGCAACUUCUGCUGUCCCCAUUUUGAGCCCAAAGCCUUUGAUAAUGCCAGGCAUGACCAGGUGCUGUUUUAAGCCUGAGAUCUUCUUCACUAUGAGGCUGCUGACUCCAAUGAAACAAGUGAACAAAAACAAUGUUGCAACUGGCUGUUGACAACAUUGGGUUUCUGCUGUCCUUCAGCUGAUAAUGACACUUCCUCAUAUGAUUUCCCCGUAUGAUGUGAUUUCAUCUUUUAAACAUCAUCAGUGCAGCAUGUGACCCAGCCUCGGGGAAGUGGCAAACACACUGCCUCUGUAAAGUAUGUAUCAGACAUCAUCUUCCCUCCUCUCCAUUGGAGAACUCAGCAGUGCUUAAUCCUGGUGGUGAGAAUGAACAUGGAAGUAAAAUGUUUUUCCCCCCUCCCCCGCCCCUUAAAAAAAUAAAUUGGUGGCUAUUCCUUGCAUCUGA